UGGUGCCUCAACUGAACAGUGUGAACAUAUUUAAGGAGGCACCAGUGGUGCUCCAGGAGGACAUCUUCGUACGAGAUGGGUGGCAUGACAGGUCUUCUCUUUGUGCUGUGGGUCGGUGUCACAGUGAGCACAGCAGCUGAUUUGCAGAAGAGAGUCACAGGAGGACAAGCAUGUGAAACAGGGGAUCGUCUGUACCAUGUUAAAUUACUUGAUUCUACUGACAAGUUAAUUUGUGGAGGCUCCCUGGUCAGCAAACAGUGGAUUCUGACUGCAUCUCACUGCUGGCAGAGGAAUAUGAAAGCAGUUUUAGGGGUACAUCCAGGCUCAUCAGUUAAAACGGUGCAAAUCACAGCGCAGCCUGUGAUGUUUGAGGACAAAGAAAAGAGGCAGCAUGACAUCAUGUUGCUGCAGCUUCCUGAAACUACUGAGAUUAAACCUGUAGAACUUCCUGAUUGUAAAAGUCGCAUCAACCCAGGUGGUAAAGUUCAGAUUGCAGGUUAUGGAGCCCCAGAUGCAGGUUCUGAUGAAGGCGAAUCUGGUGCACCAGCUGGUCUCCAGUGUGCAGACCUCAAAGUCGCCAAGUGUAAGAAGCUUGAAGCUAUUACGGCUGUAGACAACCCAAACAGAGCGUAUGAAAGCUGGUUCUGUGGUCAGUCUUCUGGAGUGAAUAUUUGUUCAGGUGACUAUGGUGGAGGAGCAGUGUACAAUAGCAAGAUUUAUGGUGUCAUUGUCAGUCCAACCGAAUCCUGUGCUGAAGCAGCUGGAUUCAUGGACGUCUGUGAAUACAGAAAGUGGAUCACAGAUACUACAGAUCCUGGAUUUUUCAAAAAGAUAGGGUCAUUUUUUGGGCGUCGUUAACUGAAUCUCUCUGUCUUUUAACAGACAUUUCAUAUUUAAGUAGGAAACUGUUAAGUUUUGUUCUAAAUUUGCAGUCAGAAGACUUGCAUUUGAUUGGUUUACAUGAAAUCAUCAUCUGUAAAUCCCUUUAAGACAAGCAAUAAACAGCAUGACAGCACAAAA